AUGAACUCUCAAAAACUCGAAGAAGCUUGUAUGGCUUUUAUGAGGCCACCAAGCCAUACUGAUGAGCCAUCCAUUCCUCCACUGGUAGAAGGCAGUUCACCGAUCGCCAUUCUUCCACAAGAUAUCCUUUGGCUCAUCUUCAGCUUCAUCACGAAGACAAUUAGGGAUGAGCGAUACCCGGCUUCAUGGAACAUCGAAAAGUUCCAAUAUUAUUUGCGGAACACGAAUCCGCGACAUACAGACCGUGUACACCGACUCAAUCCCAUGGUCGUCCUCAAGCGGACCUCUCAAGUCUGUCGAAAGUGGCGCGAAAUCCUUCUCAACGCUCCGUCCCUUUGGGCCCAAGUAAUCGAUAUCACCGUUUUAUCCUGGGCACCGCCGUGGUGGUGGGAAGAAGUUACACGGCGGACAGGAGACGCCCUGGUCUCGAUACGAGGCAAGGCAUUCGUGGAACCCAACGAUCCGCUCUCCAGCAUCAUCCUCUCCUUCUUGGCUCAAAAUUGGCAUAGAAUGCGCGAGGUGGAGGUGUCAGUACUUUGCAGAGACACGAUCGAAUUUGGAACAGAGUCGCAAGUCCUGUACAAGGCGGACGCACUCAUUGGCGCCCAAUCUUCUGCCCCAUACCUUGAGAGCAUAUCCCUCGACCUCGCCCACUUGUAUACCAGCUUCCCACUGGAGGCACCUUCCCUUCGCGAAUUCCACUCUGCCCCCUACCCCCCCUUCAACCCGCAAUCGCUUUGGAUACCCCAACUUCGCGCCUUAUCCCUCAAUUUCAACCCUGCUCAAGAUUGCCCUUCUCCGACCUUUACGUUGCUAGAGCUGUUCAAUGCUUUAAAACGAAUGACCGCCCUGAAUUCUUUAAACCUUCAGGGUCUCGGAUUCGGCAAACGUUCAUUUCUCCCACUUGAUGGACUCUUCCCCAACAUUGUCCUCCCCAACCUGUCCAAGAUACUAAUUCAAGACGAUCUCCAGACAUGCAUCUGCAUUUUGAAGCACAUCACCCCAAAGGACGGAUGUAGCCUUCGACUGCGAGCCAAAGGCAACCAUUCUCAAGAAAACAUUAUUUCCUUACUGCAGAACAUUGUGGGACGCUAUUCUCGCCAUCACAUUUUCGGAGAAGAGCUCGAGAUUACAUGCUGGAAUUCUUUGCUUCGAAUUUCCGAUGGUCGGUUGGGCACUCCUUCGAGAUUUCCUCUUCUAUUCAUCGACAUAUCCUGGGACCGCGACCCCGAUGGUCCUGUUAUGAACGCUGACCGUGCUAUUCCGUUCCUCACAGGCAUCCCUCUAAACGUCAAUCGUGUCAAAACACUCCAUUUACAGACAGCCUGGGAUCCGACCAGCACCCUCGUCUCGCAAGACCGUCGUCUUUCUUUAUUGUCCUUCUUUGGUCGUUUCAACUCUGUCGUGGAAUUCAAAUCUUCAGAACCCGAGCUCGUUCUUCUUUCUCGCCUUUCGGAGCAUCACACGGAACCCCUCCUUCCCAAGCUCCAAUCGAUCCAGUUGUCCCCAGGAUCUUCCGUCUCAUCAGUGGAGUUCUACGACUCCUUCAUCAAGUUUCGCAAUGCAAGGAAGGACCAAGGGCUGGCGUUGAUCAGCACCCUUGAUCUCACUCCGAAAGGGUGCCUUCCAGGCGGGCAAAGCCAUUUACCCAACAUUGUCUGCCUGGACAGUCUGACGGGGCUCAAGGUCUUGUAUGUAGACUGUGAUGAUUCAUUCCUAAACGUUACAGUGCAAGAGUAUAUAUGUGGGAGCGGGUCUCUCCCUACACCAGUGCUUUCGUAG